AUGGGUUUCUUCCGCUGGCCUCGAUGCAGGCGGCGCGUCUCCCCUGCAAAGCCCACGGAGCUCACGGAGCACACGGAGCCCUCUCUCAAGAUUCCCAAUCCCUUCGAGGCCCUAAAGCCUUCAAUUAACGCCCGCGAUGCCUUGGAUAACUCUCACUUGCCCAUCCCAGGAGCCUUCCCGUUAACUCCUCCCGAAUCACCUACACUUGUUGUAUCACAAGGCGCGACUAUCGAGGAGGAAGAUAUCCCACCGAAGGGAUGGGAAUUUAUGGACAUAGAUGCUCGCGCAGCACCAGCACUUGUUACGGAUCUCGGCAUACAUCUCCACCCUAGAUUACCGCCAUAUAUCCCUCCUCCUCCGAGCGCUAGGCGCAUUCCAUCGCCGAGACCAACUGAAGCCCCCAAGCCCGUCCAAGAUGAUCUUAUGGAUAUUGAUGACCCGUGGGAUCAACAAGCUCAACAAGAUGCAAGAGUUCCGCAUGGCCCUGUUUCCGCUGUACAGUUGUUUUAUGCCAACAGGAGGCCGAUUCCUGCCAAUCGCAUUGCAUCUUGGUACGAGGCGGAAUUCGAGAGGCGGGAGAAAGAAAGAUUAGAGCGGGAGCGCGAUCUCCAACGUCCGAUCAGAGUGAUACCCCAGGGUCAACCCGUACGUCUGAUCUCGCCCGAGUGGCUUACCAAACUUCAAUGCGCCGUGCAGAGUGGACAAGGACAAGCCGUCGCCACAUCAUUAGCAGGAGGUAAUUUGUACCAGCGGGAUAUCAUCACUUGCAUUCGGCCUGAGGCCUGGCUCAAUGACGAAAUCAUCAAUGCCUACCUUGGUUUACUCGUACAUUAUCUCCGUCAAUCGCAUGGGAACCUCGGACCCAGCGAUCGGCCGCUCUUUCACACUUUCAACACAUUUUUCUACUCCACCCUUCGUGAUAAGGGGUAUGAGGGCGUGAAACGAUGGGCAACUCGGGCCAAGAUCGGUGGCCAAGGACUGCUUAAUGUCGACACAGUCUUCAUCCCUGUACAUGAGUCAAGUCAUUGGACUCUCAUGGUUAUUCGACCAGCAGACCGUACAAUAGAGUAUUUCGACUCUCUGGGAUCCCGCGGUCAACGGCAGGUAAAAAACGUCAAGCAAUGGCUUCGUGGGGAGCUUGGGCCAAAAUACAAAGAUGAGGAGUGGACCGUCCUACCGUCGGUCUCUUCUCAGCAAGAUAACGGAAGUGACUGUGGUGUCUUCCUCCUAACCAACGCCAAAGCAAUUACUGUUGGGGUUGAGCCGACUGCCAUUGGCCCAGGCCACAUCACACUUCUUCGCAGAAAGAUUGUUGCUGAACUCAUGAACGGUGGUCUUCACGGCGAGUUUAACCCACGAGACAAAGCAACAGGUGCAGUGUUGCUCUAA